AUGCAGCCGGCAAUGAUGAUGUUUUCCAGCAAAUACUGGGCAAGGAGAGGCCUUUCCCUGGAUUCAGCAGUGUCUGAAGAGCUACUUGGCAGCAGCGUAACAGUGAGUACUGACUUUUUAUCCUCUUCCUUCUUGAAGCCCAAUAAAGCUAGCGCUGGCAAAAGCGAGCAGAAAGCAAGCAGCCAGGAAGGCAGCCGAAGUGAAACUGCUAGCGAGAGCGGCAAGACAGCGGUCAUCUUCUCCCUGAAAAAUGAAGUUGGUGGCCUGGUGAAGGCUCUGAGACUCUUUCAGGAAAAGUGUGUCAACAUGGUUCAUAUCGAAUCCAGGAAAUCCCGGAGAAGAAGUUCUGAGGUUGAAAUCUUCGUGGACUGCGAGUGCGGUACAACAGAAUUCAAUGAGCUCGUUCAGUCGCUGAAAUUUCAAACCACAAGUGUGACCCUGAGCCCACCAGAGAACAUUUGGACAGAAGAAGCAGAGCUGGAGGACGUGCCCUGGUUCCCCCGGAAGAUCUCGGAGUUAGACAAAUGCUCCCACAGAGUUCUCAUGUAUGGCUCUGAGCUCGAUGCCGACCACCCCGGAUUUAAGGACAAUGUCUAUCGACAGAGAAGAAAGUAUUUUGUGGAUGUGGCCAUGGGCUAUAAAUAUGGGCAGCCCAUUCCCAGAGUGGAGUACACAGAGGAAGAGACUAAGACUUGGGGCGUUGUGUUUCGGGAGCUUUCCAAACUCUAUCCCACUCAUGCUUGCCAGGAGUAUUUGAAAAACUUCCCUUUGCUGACUAAAUACUGUGGCUACAGGGAGGAUAAUGUGCCCCAACUUGAAGAUGUUUCUGUGUUUCUGAAAGAAAGGUCUGGCUUCACAGUAAGGCCAGUGGCUGGAUACCUGAGUCCGAGAGACUUCUUGGCAGGACUGGCCUACAGAGUGUUCCACUGUACCCAGUACGUCCGGCAUGGCUCAGACCCUCUCUAUACCCCAGAACCAGACACGUGUCACGAACUCCUAGGUCAUGUCCCAUUACUUGCGGAUCCAAAGUUUGCUCAGUUUUCACAAGAAAUAGGCCUGGCAUCUCUGGGAGCAUCCGACGAUGAUGUUCAGAAAUUAGCCACGUGCUAUUUCUUCACGAUUGAGUUUGGCCUUUGCAAACAGGAAGGGCAGCUGCGGGCAUACGGAGCUGGACUACUUUCCUCCAUUGGGGAAUUAAAGCAUGCACUUUCUGACAAGGCGUGCGUGAAAUCCUUUGACCCAAAGAUUACCUGCUUACAGGAAUGCCUUAUCACCACCUUCCAGGAAGCCUACUUUGUUUCAGAAAGUUUUGAAGAAGCCAAGGAAAAGAUGAGGGACUUUGCCAAGUCCAUUACCCGUCCCUUCUCCGUAUACUUCAACCCCUACACACAAAGCAUUGAAAUCCUGAAAGACACCAGGAGUAUUCAAAGUGUGGUGCAGGACCUUCGCAGCGAUUUGGACACCGUGUGUGACGCCUUAGCCAAAAUGAACCAGUAUCUGGGGAUUUAAAGUGCGGGGCCAGGGUUGUUGCCAGCAGGGUCUGUUGGGGGUUGAGUAGCAAUUCAGUCAAGGUCAUAUAACACCCAUGACUUUCUGUAACAUGGCUAUCCUAAAAAGCAUGCAAUCCUAUGUGGCUCUACUUACCUGUAACUCACUGUGUUCUGUGUGAAUCACCAACAGGAACCCAAUGACAGAUAAUCACUUGUAUGAAAUAUUGUAAUAUGUUUAAAUGUCUUAAAUAUACUUGACAUUCCUGGUUAGUGUCCUUAUGCGACUGCAUCUAUUUAAAGUUUAUAACAAAUAGCCCUCUUAUGAUUAUAGCUUAUGUCCUUUUUUCUCCUUGAACUGAAGCCAUUCUUCUGUGUUCAUUAGAUAAAGUGAAAAUAGCAGGGAGGCUGUUUCUGUUUUCAAUAGUAUCAGUGUUUUUUGUAGCAUUGCUUGAGACAAACCCAGAAUUGUAUGAAAAUACUCAUCACAAUAACAGAAGUCCAGUAUUUUAUUUUUUAAAAUAGUUGAGGCAACACAGCAGAGUUUAGAUUACUCUUUCAGAUUGAGUAUAGGUUGCAUUGACUGUGUAGAAACUGAAUUGUGGCAUGCUUCCCAAAGUAGGUUGGAAGGUAAUACUUUCAGAAAGGAUAUUAGAAAUACUAAACAAAUCAAUUGUUGUAAAGUCACUUCUGACUCAUGAAAAUUUCAUGCCUGUCUGAGUAGAACCUGCGUUCUGUAGAAUUUUCAACGGCUGAUGUUUCGGAUGAUCCCCUGACAUCUCCUCCUAUGCAUCUCUGAGUAGUCUCCAAUCUCUUUUGGUUAGCAGCGAGCAUGGUAACAACGUGUGCCAGCCUACAACUCCCAGAUAUAUUCAGUGGUAGAGAAGAAAUCUUGGGACCAUGAAUGUUAUGCUUGAGUAAAUUUAAUUAUCAUGCUCAGGUGUUUGACCCAUCUCUUUGGCCAGAGGACAAUAGAAUCAUAAAGCUAUAAAUAUUAUAUUUGAUUUUAAAAUUCUGGAAAUUGAGUUUUUGAGAGCCUAAGUGACUUACCCAGUCCUCACAGUUGGUUGUGCACUAAGACUUACAGUCCACUGCAGCCUGCUUUUGGAACCCCGAGGAAUUCUGUUUAGGGUAUGCAUGUGUUUGUGUAGCCAGAGAAGGGAAACUAAUAUCUAUCAAAAGUAAUGCUUAUGUGUAUGGGUUGUGAUAAGAGUUGUAGGAGCCCCUAAUAAAAUGAUUUAAAAAAAAAAGAAAAGACAAAAUGUGAAAUCUAAUAACCAUGAAUGACUAACCAAAUGCUUUUGCUAUUAACAUGUAGCCUCUAACUGAAAUGUC